GGGCGCGGGCGCGGGGCUGGCGGCCCACGCGGGCCUGGUGGACGCCGGCCUCCGGUCGGUCGUGGGCGCGGGGCCUCCGGCCUCUCCCUGGGCGCCGCCCCCGGCCCGGCCCGGCCCGGCCCGAUCGCUUGGCACGGCUGGUCCGCGGCCAAGCGGGGCUCGCCGCACUCGGAGCGGCAGCUGCCUGGGGCGCUCGGGUCGGGUCGCCCGGCCGCGGGGACGCCCAGCGCCCGCCAAGUAGCCGCCUCGGGUCAGAGUCGCCCGGGGCCACGCGUCCGGCCAGAGGGACGCGGAAGGAGAGACCCGAGGCGCCGCGCUGGGGUACCGGGGUCGUGCGCGGCCUGAGGGGACCCAGAGUGACGACAAGGUGACCGGGCUGAGGAGAAGUCACGCUCCGACAGGACCCAGUGUGACUGACAGCCGGCCGGCCGGACGGCGGCGGCGUCUCGGCUGAGGGGGGACGGCGCGCGCCGCCCGAGGAGCCACACUCUGACAGGACUGCGUGGGCGACCAGGUGAGUGGCCCCGCCGCGCUCAGCGCGUCCUGCUGGAGCGGGUGGUGAGAGGUGGCCCAAGCCCCGGGGUCGUGCCGCUCAGGAUGGUUUGGCUGUGUUCUCUCCUCCAGUAAGAAUCGACUUCCCUUCCGAAGCUAACGAUUUGAAAGAAGAUAACUGUGAACCACUGAUAUCCAAGAAGGACAUUUUUUAAACAAGGACAGCCCUUUACUGAAAUUACCAUGGUUGACACAGAGAUGCCAUUCUGGCCCACCAACUUUGGAAUCAGCUCUGUGGACCUCUCUGUGAUGGAUGACCAUUCCCAUUCCUUUGACAUCAAGCCCUUUACCACAGUUGAUUUCUCCAGUAUUUCUGCUCCACACUAUGAAGACAUUCCAUUCACAAGAGCUGACCCAAUGGUUGCUGAUUACAAAUAUGACCUGAAGCUCCAAGAAUACCAAAGUGCGAUCAAAGUAGAACCUGUAUCCCCACCUUAUUAUUCUGAAAAGACCCAGCUCUACAACAGACCUCAUGAAGAGCCUUCCAACUCCCUCAUGGCCAUUGAGUGCCGAGUCUGUGGGGAUAAAGCAUCAGGCUUCCACUAUGGAGUUCAUGCUUGUGAAGGAUGCAAGGGUUUUUUCCGAAGAACCAUCCGAUUGAAGCUUAUUUAUGAUAGAUGUGACCUUAACUGUCGGAUCCACAAAAAAAGUAGAAACAAAUGUCAGUACUGUCGGUUCCAGAAGUGCCUUGCUGUGGGAAUGUCUCACAAUGCCAUCAGGUUUGGGCGGAUGCCACAGGCCGAGAAGGAGAAGCUGUUGGCGGAGAUCUCCAGUGAUAUCGACCAGCUGAACCCAGAGUCUGCUGAUCUCCGGGCCCUGGCGAAGCAUUUGUAUGACUCAUACAUAAAGUCCUUCCCACUGACCAAAGCCAAGGCGAGAGCGAUCUUGACAGGAAAGACAACAGACAAAUCACCAUUUGUCAUCUAUGACAUGAAUUCCUUAAUGAUGGGAGAAGAUAAAAUCAAGUUCAAACACAUCACCCCCUUGCAGGAGCAGAGCAAAGAGGUGGCCAUCCGCAUUUUCCAAGGGUGCCAGUUUCGAUCUGUGGAAGCCGUGCAAGAGAUCACAGAAUACGCCAAAAAUAUCCCUGGUUUCAUUAACCUUGACUUGAAUGACCAAGUGACUCUACUCAAGUAUGGUGUCCAUGAAAUCAUCUAUACAAUGCUGGCCUCCCUGAUGAAUAAAGAUGGAGUUCUCAUAUCAGAGGGUCAAGGAUUCAUGACCAGAGAGUUCCUCAAAAGCCUUCGGAAGCCCUUUGGUGACUUUAUGGAGCCCAAGUUUGAGUUUGCUGUGAAGUUCAAUGCACUGGAAUUAGAUGACAGUGAUUUGGCCAUAUUUAUAGCUGUCAUUAUUCUCAGUGGAGACCGCCCCGGCUUGCUGAACGUGAAGCCCAUUGAGGACAUCCAAGAUAACCUGCUUCAGGCCCUGGAGCUCCAGCUCAAGCUGAACCACCCGGAGUCCUCACAGCUGUUCGCCAAGGUGCUCCAGAAGAUGACAGACCUCAGGCAGAUCGUCACAGAGCAUGUGCAGCUCUUGCAUGUGAUCAAGAAGACGGAGACGGACAUGAGCCUUCACCCCCUGCUCCAGGAGAUCUACAAGGAUCUAUAUUAGCAGAGAAGUCCCACUCGCUGACCUUUUCCUUCUUUAAAUUGCACUAAUAUUUUGAGGGAAAAAAUUUGACACCUAAGAAAUUUACUGUGAAAAAGCAUUUUAAAAACAAAGGUUUUAGAACAAGAUCUAUUUUAUGCAUAUUGUUUAUAAAGAUACAUUUACAAUUUACUUUUAAUAUUAAAAAUUACCACAUUAUGAAAUU